AUGAGGUGGCUCCUGCCCUGGACGCUGGCAGCCGUGGCAGUCCUGGUGGCGGGCAACGUCCUGGCCACGGCCCUCUCUCCAACGCUCACAACCAGGACUUUCACUCCAGCACCGCUGGAGGACACGACGGCACGCCCUGAAUUCUGCAAGUGGCCAUGUGAGUGCCCCCAGUCCCCACCUCACUGUCCCCUGGGCGUCAGCCUAAUCACAGAUGGCUGUGAAUGCUGUAAGAUAUGUGCCCAGCAGCUCGGGGACAACUGCACGGAGGCUGCCGUCUGUGACCCACACCGGGGCCUCUACUGCGAUUACAGUGGGGACCGCCCGAGGUACGCAAUAGGAGUGUGUGCACAGGUGGUCGGUACGGGCUGCCUCCUGAAUGGCGUGCGCUACAGCAACGGCGAGUCCUUCCAGCCUAACUGCAGGUACAACUGCACCUGCAUUGAUGGCACAGUGGGCUGCACACCACUGUGCCUAAGCCCCAGGCCCCCACGCCUCUGGUGCCGCCAUCCCCGGCAUGUGAGAGUGCCCGGCCAGUGCUGUGAGCAGUGGGUGUGUGACGAUGACACAAGGCGGCCACGCCAGACUGCACUGCUGGACACCAGAGCCUUUGCAGCUUCGGGCACAGUGGAGCAAUGGCACGGGAACUGCAUAGCCUACAGUAGCCCCUGGAGUCCCUGCUCAACCACCUGUGGCCUAGGCAUCUCAACUCGGAUCUCUAACGUCAAUGCCCGGUGCUGGCCAGAGCAGGAAAGUCGCCUCUGCAACCUGCGGCCAUGUGAUAUGGACAUCCUUCCACACAUCAAAACAGGGAAGAAGUGCCUGGCUGUGUACCAGCCAGAGGAGGCCACAAACUUCACUCUCGCAGGCUGUGUCAGCACUCGCACCUACCGACCCAAGUACUGUGGAGUCUGUACUGACAACAGAUGCUGCAUACCCUACAAGUCCAAGACCAUCAACGUCGAUUUCCAGUGUCCAGAGGGGCCUGGUUUCUCCCGUCAGGUCCUAUGGAUUAAUGCUUGCUUCUGCAACCUGAGCUGCAGGAAUCCUAAUGAUAUCUUCGCUGACUUGGAAUCUUACCCCGACUUCUCAGAGAUUGCCAAUUAG